GGGCAGCUCCCCCCCCCCCACUCUUCUCGGGCUGUGCCUUUUAUUUGUUUGUCUCUUUUAUUAUUAUUGUGGGAUGUGCACGUGGAGAUUAAGAAGACAACUUUGUGGAGUUGGUUCCCACCUUUGCGUGGGUCUCAUCGCUCUGACUCAAUAGGCUCUGCCUUAGUUUCCCCCUCUAACCUGAGGAUCUUUGCGACCGCUUCCAGUCUAUAGUGUCGUUUGCUAGGGCUGGUGUGGAUGGAAGCGGAGUCAGAAGCAACUACUGAGUAGAUGAAAGAAUGGCGAAGAGCCGAAAGGGAGUGUGUGUGUGUGUGUGUGUGUGUGUGUGUGUGUGUGUAACUGGGUCAGUGUGGGUGUAAAGCCAGAGAGGUACCUGGGUUAGACCCUUGGAGCCGGUGGGGACCAGGAGUGGCUGGCCGCGGGCGUGGCCCCAUGGCUGCGGAGCUCUUCUUGCUGGUCCCGACUCAGAUUUGUCCUGGACUGAGUCAGCCGCUGUGGAUGGGUGUGGCAGGCACCAGGAGAGCAAUGGAGGUUGGGCUGGUCACACAGAACUUCUCUGUCCGAAGAUUCUGGGGCCGUUGGGAGCAUGUGCCCAGUGCCCCACCACCUCCCACCCCCAGUUUCCUUUGGCCUCCAUCCCGGUCUUGGCGCCUCUGGCUUUGGGAUUUUCCGUCUCUCCUGCCUGGAGCUGUGACUCAUAAGACCCAAGGGAUUUGCCCGGAAUCCCCAUUUUUCAGAGCUGGAUUGGGGGCUGAGCAGCCCAAAGUCCUGAGUGCCGUGGAGGACCGGAUGGAUGAACUGGGUGCCGGCAUUGCACAGUCCCGCCGUACUGUGGCCCUCAUCAAGAGUGCAGCUGUGGCCGAGCGAGAGAGGGUGAGCCAGAUGUUUGCCGAGGCCACAGCCACCCUACAGAGUUUCCAGACCGAGGUGCUGGGGUUCAUCGAGGAGGGGGAGGCCACUAUGUUGGGCCGCUCCCAGGGUGACCUGCGUAGACAGGAGGAGCAGCGCAGCCGCCUGAGCCGGGCACGUCACAACCUCAGUCAGGUUCCAGAGGCUGACUCAGUCAGCUUCCUACAGGAGCUCCUGGCACUAAGGCUGGCUCUGGAGGAGGGGUGCGGCCCUGGCCCUGGGCCCCCCAGGGAACUCAGCUUCACCAAGUCCUCCCAAGUGGUCAGAGCGCUGAGAGACAUCCUGGUCUCAGCCUGCGCCAGCCAGUGGGAGCAGCUGCGGGGCCUGAGCAGUGAUGAGGAUGAGCUGCAGAAACGCGGCUCAGAAGCUGAUGUGGAGUCCCAGGACCCUGACAGCACCAACCUGCUGGAGAGCGAGGCUCCCAGGGAUUACUUCCUCAAGUUUGCCUACAUCGUGGACCUGGACAGUGAUACGGCAGACAAGUUCUUGCAGCUUUUCGGAACCAAAGGCGUCAAGAGGGUAUUAUGUCCCAUCAACUACCCGGAGUCACCCACCCGCUUCACGCACUGUGAGCAGGUGCUAGGAGAGGGUGCCCUGGACCGGGGCACCUACUACUGGGAGGUAGAGAUCAUCGAAGGAUGGGUCAGCGUGGGUGUCAUGGCUGAGGGCUUCUCUCCGCAAGAGCCCUAUGACCGAGGCCGGCUGGGCCGAAAUGCACACUCGUGCUGUCUGCAGUGGAACGGGCGUGGAUUCUCAGUCUGGUUCUGUGGGCUGGAGGCUCCGCUGCCGCAUGCCUUUUCCCCUACGGUUGGGGUCUGCCUAGAGUAUGCUGACCAUGCCCUGGCCUUCUACGCUGUUCGAGACGGAAAGCUGAGCCUUCUUCGGAGGCUCAAAGCCUCCCGGCCACGCCGCAGUGGCGCCCUGGCCUCCCCCACUGACCCUUUCCAGAGUCGCCUGGACAGCCACUUUUCAGGCCUCUUCAGUCACAGGCUCAAGCCUGCCUUCUUCCUGGAGAGUGUGGACGCCCAUCUGCAGAUCGGGCCCCUCAAGAAAUCGUGCAUAUCCGUACUGAAGAGGAGGUGAUGGAGGACUACCUCAUGCUGCAGAGGCCUUGCCCGGAUCUCCUGGGAGAAGGCACCAGUCUUAGACACCCCCGCUCUGAGCUGUCUCGCUUCUACAGGUCUCUGCUUUCUGUAACCAGACCUUCCACUUUCCAAGGCAGGGGUCCCCAGCCCCUUGCAGGACUUGUUUUGGGAAGAGACCUUGAGCUGGGACAACUUCAGACUGCCCCAGCCCUUCUUCUCCAGGUCUCUAGAACUACCUGGCACACAGUAGGUGCUCAAUAAACAUUCGUUGAAUCCA